AGGUAUAUACCUAUACUGCACAGCGAGCCACGCCCAACUUUUAGCUUAGUUGCACAGUCAGCACUUGCAACUAUGGAGGGGUUCCCUAUGGAGAACCUUAACCAGAAACCAGAGGCUGAUCUAGAAGAGGAGGAAGGUUCUGAAGAGAGCUCUUACGAGGAGGAGAGUGGUAGUGGGGAGAGCGACUCUGAGACUGGAUCGGGGAGCGAAGAAGAUACAGAUGAGGAGGAGCCUGUGUUAAAGUACAAACGGUUUGCCAAGGAGGUGGUCAGUUCUAUUCAUGAUGGGACAGGUAUGGGAUCAGGAGAAAGGAACAUCAUCUGUUGCAUUGCUGUACAUCCAAAGUUCAUUGCCCUGGGUACUUAUGAUGGCAGUAUCAAGCUACUGGACCACACCGGGACCCUCCUCAAGGAUAGAGUCUAUGCUCUGCACUCUUCCCAAAUCAACCAGAUCUCCGUGGAUACUGAGGGGGAGUUUCUGGCCAGUUGCUCUAAUGAUGGAAAGGUGUCAAUCAUUGGUCUCUUUACGACGAAGUACAACAACACAAAUUCAUUUGGAGCUCAAGUAAACUCAGUUGCUAUUCACCCCUACUUUGGGCGAAACACCAGCCGAAUGUUUGCGUACGGAACUGACAAGUUGGUAUUAGUGGAGGAGCGUCGAUGGCCACUGACAAACAAGGUGAAUCAACUGGAUGCUGGCUAUGGACGUGUCACUACUAUCAAGUGGAAGGAUAACCUCAUUGCUUGGGCCAAUGAGAAGAUGGUGAUGGUGUAUGAUGUAGCUCUUCGGGAAAAGAUUACUUCUAUCUCGUUUGAGGAGGAAAGCCUUGUGUACUUGCCGUGUAGUCUGUAUUGGCAGGAUUCGUCCAACCUGUUAGUGGGCAGAGGCCACAUUGUAAAGACUGUGACUGUGCAAGAGGGUGAGGAGGAGCAGAGAUCUACUCUCACAACAGAGGUGGUGGACGUGCCACCAAAGAAGAAAAAGUUCAUGUUUAUAUCUGCUCACAAUACAUUCCCCAAGUUCUUAGUGUGUGGAGUGGUCCCACUGAUUGAGAACAAGCAAUGCAAGCUGGUUAUGCUUGGCUAUAGUGCUGAAAUCAGCCCAGAUGCAACUAGAAGUGCGCAGGUCCCGCCUCCCCACCUGGUCGUGGUGUCCCCAGGAUAUUACAACCCAGUUGACAAAGAAUUCGAGCACCCAGAACACAUAACCAAGGACAAGCUACUGCCCAAGGGAUACCAAUACUGUCACUGCGAAGAGUAUCACUUGGAGAGUGUUGUAUAUGAAGACCGGUUCUAUAUUGUGACGCCCAUUGACAUCAUCCUUGCUCAGAAAAGAGAUGCUAACGAUCAUAUUGACUGGCUGGUCGACAAACAAGAUUUUGAGGAGGCUAUGCAGUAUGCUGAGAAUCCUAAUGUUGCUAGAGUUGUUGAUCAGGGAAAGUUGCAGGAAAUUGGUAUUGAGUACAUUUACUAUCUCAUGAAGAAGAAAAACUUCUCAGAAGCUGCUCGGAAAUGCCACGAGGUGAUUGGUAAGACUGACAAGAGGAGAUGGGAGGACAUUAUUGUCACCUUCAUGCAAAAGAAGCAACUCAAAGAGAUCCGCCCCUUCAUUCCAAUCAGUGACCCAGUACUUAGUCCGGCCAUCUACGAACUGGUGCUCCACGAGCUGCUGCAGGAAGACUGCCAGACGGUGUACCAGGUGAUCAAGGCAUGGCCCACCACCUUGUACAGCCCUCAGGUCAUCAUCAACGCAGUAGAGAUGAGAAUGCAGUAUGACCCAGGCAAUAAGGGGCUACUGAAGGUCAAGGCUUGUCUACACGAAGACCUUGAGCAGUUCGAUGAGGCUAUGAAGAUCUAUCUACAACAAGGGCACAUCGAGGUAUUUGAGCUAAUCCAACAGAAAAAACUCUACUCGGCUCUAGUGGAAAACCUCAUACCACUCCUGAAGGUGGACACACAGCGAGCUGUUAAACUGCUAGUGGAAUGCAGACAAGAUGUACCACCUCAAAAAGUGGUCAAGGAACUGGAUGUAUCAAGCCACGAAAAGUAUUUGCACAUGUACCUUGACUGCCUGUUUGAGCAGGACCCCAAGUGUGGGGGUGUGUACCACGAGAGACAGGUGGAGCUCUAUGCUCGUUUUGAUCCCGACAAGCUGCUACUUUUCCUCAGAUCCUGCAAUGACAUCCCACUACAGAAGGCUCUUGAGGUGUGUGAGUACAACAAGCGCUACAAGGAGAUGGUCUACUUACUAGGAAGGAUGGGUAACCAAAAGGCAGCCUUGGAGCUCAUCAUCAAGAAAUUGGAAGACGUUGACAUGGCAAUUGAGUUUACGAUGGAGGAAGGAGAUGAAGAUCUUUGGGAGCUGCUCAUAUCACUUUCUAUACACAAACCAACGUUCAUCACCGGUCUGUUGAACAAUGUUGGAACACACAUUGACCCCACAAAGCUCAUCAAGAAAAUUCCAGAGCGGACAGAGAUCCCUAAUCUUGGGCGCUCAUUGGUCAAACUAUUGCAAGAUUUUCAAGUUCAAGUAAACUUGAGGGAAGGUUGUAAGAAAAUCCUUGUUAAAGACAGUCACAGCCUCAUGGAAAAGUUGCAUCGGCUCCAAAAGCGUCCAAUCCAUGUUGACAAUGAUGCAAAGUGUAAAACCUGUUGUGGAGAAGUUAUUGACAUGGACGAGCAGUCAGACUAUGUCAUCUUCUUCUGUGGGCAUAUCUACCAUCAGCGGUGUGCUCCCAAGAGGAAUGAUAUGAUGGUAUGCAGAUCUUGUUAUUCUGGAAAAACGAUAACAAGUCAAGUACCAAUGAAAUCGAGAAGACUGCACUAACUACUAUAGAUGUAUUGUACAUUAAAGUUGGUUGUGUUGUUGUAUAUAUAUUAAUUUUUAUUGUGUGAUGUAGUAAAUUAGUGCGUGUGUUGAUUAUUUUUUAAUGGCUGG